AUGGCCGUGGUCACGCAGACGGGCAUGGGCGCCUUCAACGGGGGGCUCCUCCUGGAGCAGGCGGAGUACGAGCCCCUGUACUUCGAGGCCGUCAGCAGGAUGCCGAGCAUGGAGGUCGCGGAGAUGGCGGCGGUCCUGCCUUGCGACGACCGCCAGGCUGGGAACACGUAUGACCAGGCGGAUCGCUUCCUGGAGAUGACUACAGGCAUUCCCGGCCUGACCUGCAGCAACAUCUCCACCAUCCUCUCGGACACGGUGCAGGACAUUUUUCACGAGCCGUCCUACUUGUGCUCGGACCGGCUGAUGGUGAACGUUCGUGCCCUGUGUCCCAUAUCUUGCGGCUGCCAAUUGGGCACGGGGGGCAUGACAGGCAUGUUCGGAACCCUGGACUUCGGCUGCCCGCAGUCGUGCCUCGAGUUCCACACCGUCAUCGACGAGUGGAUGUAUUCUACCAACAUGCGCGGCGAUCUCAACGGUGACGGCAUCGUCGAUGACGGCACCCCCCUGGGCAUCUGCCGAGAUGCUUCGGACGCCGAGCUGAUUGCCGACCCGAACGCCUCAAGGGAGUGCCUGAGGGACUUCGGGCGGUGCCUGGAGCUCAGGGGGAGGUACACGCGCUGGUACGCGACGUACGUGAGGGGCAUCCUCCCCGGAUAUGGGCCAGGAGUGGGCCGCGGAGGUGCGCUUGGAGAAGAUGGCGGCCGGCAUGCGGAACGUCGGCCAGAUCGCGUUCGACAGCCUCGAGAACUACACCGCGCGGUUCUGGGCUGGCGGAGACUGUCCGACUCGCUGCUGGACGGCAACUGGACCCUCACGGACCCGACGAUCCCGCACCCGCGAGGCCUCACCGGCUGCCGCUACCUCGCCUCUUGGGACCCGCUGUCGGCCCUCGUCGGCUUCGACCUGUGCAAGCCGAGCGGCGGCUUCGGAUCCAUCCGCGGCGUGUGCCCUGUCUCGUGCGGCUGCGCCAAGGGCAUGGACGAUUGUCCCGCCGCCUGCACAAACGUUGCUUCCGACGACGACACGAGCGUUCACAACGCCUCGGACACCGCCGAUGUCUCGGACACCGCCACCGAUACAGUCACGGACACCGCCACCAAUACCGUCACGAACACCACCACCAUCACCACCACCACCACCACCACCACCACCUCGGACACAACUGUAUCUACCACCUAG